AAUCUGUGUCUCUCACUAUUUCGUAAGGUUAGUUGGGUAGUGAGAGAAUCUAGAAUGACAUUUGCAGUUUGAGUUUGUAUUGCUAGUGAAUUUUAGUUGACUGUGCGAAGUGAACAAGAUAUUAGUACUUCAGACUAAACCAGGUAAUGGUUUAAUUUGUGAGGUUUUUCAUGAUCUUGCAGUGGCUCUUUGGUAGAAAACAAGAAGCUGAAGUAGGACCGUUUUCAGCAUGGAAUAUUACUGGCACAUAUAGAGACUACUUAUCAAAAGUGGGUAUCUCAGGAACUUGGAAGUUUCUGAAUUCCGUAAAUAGCUCUUCAAAAUUCCAAGACUUUCAAAAAGAAAUGCUUGGAAUUAUCUCCUCUCAAGUCUUUCAAGAAUCUGCAAGAGACAGAUUACUGAAACGGAAACUUUUCCAAUACGGUUUACUUUUCAGCUACUCUGAUCUUCGAUUCUCUUGUACUUCAGCUCCAGUACUAAAUGAGAUGGAGAAGCACUGUAAUAUCGAAAUAGCAGCUCAAGUAUCCCGUGUGGCUUCUAGUGAAAAUAAUGGAGACAAAAAUUAUUAUCGCAUGGAAGGAUUGAUGGAGAGUCCUGGGGGAAUUUCUACCUCAAGACAAUUGCAGGCGAGUGAAGAGCCUGUAUCAUCACCUUUGUCAUCUCCAGCUCUGUUGGGUAGUGGAAAAGAAGAUGAGCAGAAGAUUAUCCCAAAGCGUCAGAAAGUUCAGGCUGUCCUCAAGUCCAUGAAGCAGAGUCCUAGGAAGGUCAACCUGGUUGCAGCACUAGUCCGUGGCAUGCGUGUCAAACGGGCUUCACAAACCGUGUACCGGGUUAUCCACGCUGCCCUGGGAAAUGCUACUCAUAAUCAUGGACUAGAUCCUGACCGUCUCCUUGUUGUCUCAAGCUACACCGCGGUGGCUAAAGCGAUCAUGGUUCUCUUCUCGCCUCGAAAUAUCAUUCGUUGGGAACUGGAACAGAUUUACGAGACAGCUAAAAAGGAGAUGGCCUCCUUGGAACGUAAGUGGGAAGAGCAGAUCGAGACAACUAAAAAGGAGAUAGCUUCCUUGGAACGUAAGUGGGAAGAGCAGAUCAAGACAUGUGAAAAGGUGGACGAGCUGAUCGAGACAUGUAGAUUGAUCUUGGAACAGCAGAAGAAGAAAUACAUAUUGAUCUCUUACGCUUUAACCGAGAUUAAAUCCAUGGCUUCACGAACGGGGUUGGAUCCUCAGGAAAUUAAAGAAAUGUGCAGAAAUCUUGAAAGCAAACAAGAUAAGAAAUCAUUGAAUCUGUCCCCAGAUGACAAUAUGCAUGUGGAGGGGUUUGCACUAAGUGUCUUUGCAAAGGCAGACAAGCAGGAUCGUGCAGGAAGAGCUGACUUGGGCACUGCCAAAACUUUUUAUGCUGCGGCAAUCUUCUUUGAAACUCUGAGCCAGUUUGGCCCUGUACCUCCUGAUAUAGAGCAGAAACAGAAGUACGCUGCUUGGAAGGCUGCUGACAUAAGGAAAGCCAUUAAAGAAGGAAGGAAGCCCACUCCAGGUGAUCCUGUUGAUGAUGAUAAUGAUUUACCCAUCCCAUCAAGCGGUCCUAGUGGCUCCUAUGAUCACGGUGCAAAUGUCCCGCCUCCACCACCGUCUUCUUACCCUUCCAACGAUCUCCUUCCCCCUCCCACGGGACCAUCAGACUCCCCUUACCAGCAUCCUUACAGUCAUCAACCAUACCACCAAGACCCGUCACAACACAUGCCGCCACCACAAAACUACUCAGCCCAUGAGCCUUCUCCAAAUUCUCUCCCCAAUUUCCAAUCUUAUCCUAGCUUCAGUGAGAGCAGCCUCCCAUCCACUCCUCCCCACUACCCUUCUCACUACCAAAACCCAGAACCUUACUAUUCUUCUCCGCAUUCCGCACCUGCUCCUUCUUCCGCAAGCUUCUCCUCUGCUCCUCCUCCUCCACCUUACUCAUCAAACGGGCGUAUCAAUAUUGCUCCUGUGCUAGAUCCUGCACCGAGUCCAGCUCAGAAGUACCAUUACGACAGCAGCUACCAGCCAGGGCCUGAGAAGGUUGCAGAGGCACACAAGGCUGCUAGAUUCGCUGUGGGAGCUUUGGCUUUUGAUGAAGUCUCGACUGCUGUAGAACAUCUCAAGAAGUCACUUGAGUUGCUAACAAAUCCAUCGGCCGGUGCCGGUCACUGAAUUUUAUAUUUAAUCUGUGAAACUUGGGGUUGAUGUUAGUGCGUGUGUGUGCUCACAAUCACAUCGUGGGUUUGUUUAUUAACUUUUCAGGCUCAGACUUCGUGUACAAAGAAAAAUGGUGUGAAUUA